ACUCUUGUUUUUUUUUGUUAAAGGAAGGUAUGAAAUAUAGAUUGUGGGUUUUAUUGACUUUCUUUGUGUUAUGUGGUGGGAGUACUGAUCAGGAUUAUUGUGAGCGAGAUGAAAACGGGUCUUGCAAAAGCAAAAUAAAUACAGAACAAUGUGAAGACGAAGAUGAACCAUGUUUUAUUGAAGAAAAAGUUGCAAAAAAAGAAGAAAAUGCUUAUCCGCAUUUUGAGACUCUUUCAAGAUUAAAUCCAGGAAAAGUUGGGAGUGAACAGACAUAUACCAUUGGCGGUCGAGAAAUGAAACUGAUUACAAGAGCGUUAAAGCCAUUAUUAUUUGAAAUUCCAAAUGCAUUAAACGACGAAGAAAUUCUUCAUGUUAUUGAAAAAGCCAAAAAUCCUAACUACAGCGGAGGCAUGUUUACUAGUCAAGCUCGAGGAGGUCUUACUCCGGAAGAUACGUUUAAACCGUCUAAAGAACCCGGUCGUGCAAGCGGACCAGCAUCACUAUUUGAAAAUUGGGAUUUCAACGACGACCAAAUAAUUGAUUUGAAAGAGGUUGCCAUGUUUUGUCGAAACUACAAUUUCUUAUAUUUUAAAGAACCAGAAGUUAAAACUAUGAUUGAAACGCUCAAGUUAAAAGAAUUUGAUGAUGGAAUAUGCACUGUUGAUGAGUUUCAAAAUAUGAACACACAGGGUAUAGAAGAUUAUCUUAACCAAGUAAUGCGAGAUCAUCCUAAGUUUCGACAAAGAUAUAGCGAUCAGGUUUGGCUUCCUAUGGCAAAGGAAUAUGAUAAACUUCUUUCAAAAAUUAGAUACAGAUUUGGUGAACUUUUGAAGAUACCUGAAAAAAUACUACUAGGCUCAGAGCAUUUGCAGGUUGUCCGCUAUCUUCCACAAGGUCAUUAUCACGCUCAUCACGAUAGCGAAACAGAAAAGGUAACUGAUAAACCAUGUUGUCAUCAUACUAGUACGAAAACUGUGCUGCAGUAUAAUAAAUGUAAACUGUGCAGAUUUAUUACAGUAAUGGUUUACUUAAACACUCCGGAGGAGGGAGGAGAGACAGCAUUCCCAGCCGCAGAUAACAUAACCUACUCAGACUCUUCAUUUCGAAGACGUGGUACUGAAGCUAUUGAUUUGUUCAACCUUUCUGAACAUUGUCAUGACGCUAAUCUUGUAUUAAAACCAGUAAAAGGAACAGCUGUAGUAUGGUAUAACCAUUACGUUGAUUAUAAAGGAUGGCUUGGUGCAUUAGAAGAGCGGAGUCUACAUGGUGGAUGCGAGGUAAAAAAAGGAGAAAAAUGGAUAAUGAACAUUUGGAUAACUGCACCGUAUAAAAACUCUGUCAAUAAAUUAAGCAUGUAUUCAAUGGAGUACGCCAUGUCAGCUGCUCACAACAAAGACUGACUUAAACAUCUUUAAUAUUUAUUAACGCAUUUUUAUUAGGAUAUUUUAAUUAAAAUCA